ACAACAACGAUGCCCGCAAGCAAGAAGUUGUUGUUGGCGCUCUUCUGCUUGUUGUUGGUGGUGGCAGCCGCCACCGCCCAACACCUGUCCUUUCCAGCAUCAGUCGACAAGCCAAGCUCCCCCGUCGUCCCCCAGCUCCCACAGUUCCACGCUCAUCGAGAACGAGAAGCACAAGCAGACCCAGGCCUUCGUCGUCUCAGUCAAGGAGAAGAACCCGCCCACGCCAUUUUCGAUGGGAUUUGCACUGAGAACGAGGCAGAGGAUUCACCAGCCUCGCCGUUGUCCGUUUUGCGCGUUGGCUGCGAUCGCCAUGCAAGGCUGUGUGGCCGUGCACGCCACGCUCUGGCGCGCCUCUCUUCAGCCAACCAAGCACAGGGACCCAAGAACGCGCGCCCAGGCGCCGAAGAGGAAGACGGUGAUUGGCUCGUCACUCCCACACCGAAAGCUGUGAAGAGAGCACACGACGAGGAGUUGGCCGCGCUCCAGGACAUUGUGGCUGCGUUUUGCAACCCUGUCCUGUUGAACACGAGGCGCACACUGCAGCCGGAUGCAGGGGACGGUUUGCGCCCACGCAUGGACACCAGCAAGGAAAGCACGGCUGACACAGACGGCAAUCUCAAUCCAGUGCCAGGCAAGGGCAACGGUGUGGCUGACCGUCAGGACUGGAACCACCUCCACCACCAGAAGCAUCGCAGGGCUCUCAACGAAUCCACACCAUCCUCUUCAGCAUCCACGAGCCACACAACUUCUGCCACCCCUGCCACCACCACCGCCGCCACCCCUGCUGCCACCCCUGUCACCACUACCCCUGCUACCCAAGCCCGUUCCCGCCAACCCCGGGGAGAUACUCUGGAGUGCUCACUACAGAGAGUUGUGGGCGACUUAUGUGUUCUACAAUCGACGCUCAUCGAUCAUCCACGGCUUGUCCUCACGGUCAAGGAUGCAACAAAAGCAAGCGAGGACCUUGCCGUCUUCAAUACGAGCCACAACCCAAUACGCAUACUGUCUGAGACAGUUGCAACCCACCACUUGAUUCUAAGAGGCGAAGAUCCAGCGCAAAACGAGCUCAGCACAGACGUGGUGCGCACCAUACUUGAGCUGGGCAAUUGGAGCAGCGUCGCCACCAUCACACUGCAGCAGCUGGUCACCGACACCUUCUUCCUCAGCACGCUCAACCCGCUCACCAACUUGACAGCCAUCGAGAUCAAAGACAGCUCAGUUGUGCAGCUGAAUACAAGUGCAAAUGGCGCGCCAUUCGCGCGGGCUCCAUUCCUGCAAUCCCUCACAGUCAGCCACAGCCGACUUCGACAUGUUGCUGCAGAGACCGUAUUUCACGACAUGGACGCCCUGACACAUGUGCGCUUGGACAACAACCAGAUCACCAUUGUCGAUGCCAGCAUGUUCGCUCCCCUGACCAAGGUGGAAGAGCUCGUGCUGCUAUACAAUCACCUCACCAGCGUGCAUGAGGAUGCGUUCGUGAGCAACGCCGCUCUCAAAACCCUCACGCUGCAUGGCAAUGACAUCACCGAACUGAAGCCUGGCUUGCUGCAAACGCUCACUCAGCUGCGCAAAUUGGACAUUGGGGGCAACCCGAUCCAGUAUCUCCGGGACGAUUUCUUUUUACAUCAAACCCAGCUCAGGGAGCUGAACUUGACAUUCCUGCAGCUUUCCACCGUGUCCACUGACCUUCUGGCCCACGCCACGAACCUGCGAGAGCUCUCAUUGUUCCGGGGAACGCUUAAGACCAUCGAAGCCGAGGCAUUCGCGGGCCUGACCAACCUUGAGCGAUUGGACCUCUCACGAAACGAAUUGACCGAGCUCAGCAGCGCGUGGUUCGGGACAGGCUUGCGGAGACUUACCCGCAUUGAAAUCACGGAGAACAAGAUCGAGUGCAUCAACGACAGCCUACUAGAUAGUCUUCCUGCGCUGGAGGUGCUCUACUUGCAAGCAAACGCCUUGACAAAGCUCUCCCACAAGCUGCUCAGCAACCACGAGAACUUGCGCAUCUUUGACGUCAGCGACAACAACGUCCAGGCUGUUGAAAAGGGCAGCUUCGUCAAUGUGCCCAGUCUUCUGCAUUUCAGCCUGGCCAACAACAGAGUGGAGAAGUUCGACCUACCAGACACCCUGGCCCAGCUCAAGUCCUUACGCCUCAACGGAAACCCCAUCAAACAUGUACCCAACUUUGAGCGGCUCGUGGACCUUGAAGAGCUCUUCUUCAACAACCACCACAUCAAACACCUUGACAUUUCACCCCUUCUAGCGCUCACCAACCUCACGCGCCUGGAGGUGAGCCCUGCACCGGAACUGAUGGGCAAGGCAACCAUCAGUAUUGGCGAAAGCGUUACCGUGCCACCCAUGCUUCGGUUCGUCGACGUGCGCAACGUUGACGUGGAGCAGCUGGCGACGCGCUUGCUCUCACAACGGCGGACAUCGGGCAUUAUGCUCGAGUCCCUGGGGCUUGGCUGGCCUGGCAUGAACGAAAGCACAGUCCCCCUCAAAGCAAUCUGCGGGGCUCUCGCGCCCAGUGUCAGCACACUGCAACUCACCGGUACCAGCUACACGAGGCUUGACCUCUGCCCUGACCGCCAGUUCAACAACGUCCUCUUACAGGACAACACGAUGCUGCGGGAGGGCGCCGUGUUCUCUCCACUACAGCACCUCAACCUGUCUGGGAGCACGAGCCUGACGCAGUUUGAAGCGCCCUCUGUUGAGGUGUUGGACAUCAGCAAAACCCAAUUCCCCGUGUCACGCGGACUGUGCCGCGCAUGGGGCAGCCGCGUUGUAGUGGCUCGUGAUUGGAUGAACAAGGACGCUCAAUCCCAAGAAAGAACACACUCACUGCUGCGCCGCUGCCUCUCCUUCAGCGACAUCGAGCUGCUAGACCUGAGUGACAACGAGUGGAUCAAUUCGCCCAAGUUCAUCGAGGCCCCGACGGCGUACCUCACCGCGCUCGCCAGUGAGGGCGUGCAGGACCUGAACUUUGUCAACUUGGACAACAGCAAGGCCAUUCCCAUCCUGCAGCUCGCCAACACGGCAAUCACCUGCAAGCUGCGCGUGUCUGCACGCCGAACACGCCUGCUGAGCCACCUAACAGCGCUGCAGGAUCGCACCACCUACCAGUUCAAGUGCAGCUGCGCCGGCGGCUAUCGCAACGUUGAUGGCAAGUGUAAGCCCCGCAAGGACACCGUCACCAUUGUGCUCGCCACACUGGCUGCGGUUUUGGGUGUGCAAGGGCUUGCUUAUGCCGUGCACCGCGCCUACCGCGACCACCGCCGCCUGCGCGUGGACAACGCGUUGAAGGAGCAGCUGCUGGAGGAGAAGGAUGCAGAGGUGCUGGCGCUCAAGGCCGUGUGGGAGAUUGAGUUUUCCGAGCUGCAGCUGCUGCGCGUGGUGGCGAGUGGCGGGUUUGGUGAGGUGUGGGAGGGCCAGUGGGAUGCCGUGCACGUGGCAGUGAAGAUUCCAAGGCAGGCCAUUUUGCUGCUGGACGAUGGCGCCAGCAUGCAAGACUUUGAGAAGGAGGUGGAGUUCCUGCAACGAACACGCCACCCAAACCUGGUUCGCUUCUUUGGUGCUGGCCAGCAGCCCGGCACGGGCGUCCCCUUCCUUGUGAUUGAGUUUGUCCAGUUGGGCUCCCUGCGCCAGCUGCUUGAGGACGGUGGCCUCGCUGCCGCGCUGCGCCACUUCAACGCCACCGACACACAGGACAGCGAGCAUGGCUUGGCCCAGCACGAUGAGGCUGAUGGCUGCGUCUUUGUGCGCUCCCUCACACUGCAGAGUCUAAAGCUUCGUCUUGCACAGGACGUGGCUAGCGGCAUGGCUUUCAUUCACAAGCUGGGCCAGCUGCACAGGGACUUGAAGAGCGGAAACGUGCUUGUGUCGACCAGCCUCCGCGCCAAGAUCACAGACUUUGGCACAAUCACCCAGCGCAUCACAGCCAAGCGCGUGGCGCCGCUGCGCGGCCAGCAUCACGAUGACCAGAAGGAGGUUCCUGGGGACGUGGUGUACGACCGCCAGCUGUGCACGCAAACGCUGAGCCGCGUGGUGAACCACACCAUUGCUGUGGGCACGCCCAUGUACAUGGCACCGGAGGUGCUGGAUGGUGGCAAGUACGAUGGAAAGGCGGACGUGUUCAGCUUUGGGGUGCUGCUGUGGGAGAUUGAAAUGGAGCACGUGCCUGAUUUGAUUGAGCAGGAAGUUGGACCCAAUUUCGCUGGGCCAAUGAUGGCACGCCUGUUUACCUUGCUGUCACAGGGCAAGCGCCUCAACUUUGACGCAAAGGGGAGCACGCCCACGUGGUACCAGAGCCUGGCCCAAGAGUGCAUGGCGCAAUACCCGUCGCAGCGGCCGACAUUUGCGCAGAUCCACCCUCGCCUCGUGUCUCUGGCCACACGUAGCACCAGCGUUACCAGCAGUAGCAAUGUUGCUUCCAAUCAGCCAAUGUAG